AUGGGCAGGAUCCCACCCAGCAUGUUUUUCAACGCGGUUAUCAUGGCUGCCUCUACAAAUCUCAUUCUCAAAAAUACUCCACCUCAGAUUUCAUAAAUCAACUAAUCGCACCACCGGGAUCUGCCAUUCAACAAAAUGGCACCGGCCCUGGUCCUGGGCAUUCUCUCGCUCUUUGCUUUUAUCUCCUUCUUCCUGCUCGUCCAUGGCACUCUUCAUCUCCACCCUUCUGAUUUCCAGGCCAUUUCCAUUGUCCAAAAGGAAUUGGGUGUUCUCAGUCAACGCCUCCCCUCCACUAACCCAUGCAGUAUAGCUGGCGUAUUCUGCGAGCGGAGACUCUCCCCCGACAACACUUACGUCCUCAGGGUCACCAGACUCGUCUUCCCAAGUUACGCCCUUGCUGGAUUCAUCUCCCCGGCGAUCGGCCGCCUCUCGGAGCUCAGGGAGCUCGCUCUUCCAAACAACCAGCUUGUUGACCAACUCCCUCCCCAGAUUGUUGACUGCAAGAAGCUCGAAAUUCUUGAUCUCAAAAAUAACAAUUUCUCCGGUGAAAUCUCCUCGGACUUGUCAUCUUUGACCCGUCUUCGAAUUCUUGAUCUUUCCUCCAAUGGGUUUUCCGGAAACCUGAACUUCUUGAAGUAUUUUCCCAACCUCGAAAAGCUCUCCCUGGCCAACAAUCUGUUUUCCGGGAAAAUCCCACCUUCAAUACGGUCUUUUCGUAAUCUUCAGUUCUUCGACUUUUCGGGAAACACUUUUCUUGAGGCUUCCGUUCCUUUGACGAGCACACUUGAGUCCUCAUCGUCUAAUUAUCCGAGACGAUACAUUUUUGCGGAGAGUCCUACACCGAGGAGAAAAACCAAUUCUUCUUCUUCUUCUUCUUCUUCUCGUGCUGAAGCAUCUCCUGCUGAAGCUCCAACAGCAGCAGUUAACAAACACAAAAAAAGUAAGAAAAAGAAGCUUGCAGCAUGGAUUUUAGGAUUCUUCGCCGGAGCUAUAGCUGGGACUGUAUCUGGGUUCGUUUUCUCAGUGCUGUUUAAACUGAUCAUAGCAGCCGUAAGAGGUGGGGGCAAGGAGCCUGGAAUAGCAAUCUUUAGUUCAUUGAUCAAGAAAGAGGACUUAGCUUUCUUGGAUAAAGAAGACGGACUGGCAUCACUGGAGAUCAUUGGAAGAGGUGGAUGUGGAGAAGUUUACAAGGCUGAGCUACCAGGCAGCAACGGCAAGAUGAUUGCCAUCAAGAAGAUUGUUCAGCCGCCAAAAGAUGCGGCGGAGUUGAGUGAGGAAGAUACCAAGUUCCUGAACAAGAAAAUGAGACAAAUCCGUUCAGAAAUUAACACAGUUGGUAAAAUUCGGCAUAGAAAUCUUGUUCCUCUGUUGGCUCAUCUGUCUCGGUCUGAUUGCCAUUAUCUUGUGUAUGAGCACAUGAAGAACGGGAGUUUACAGGAUGUAUUGAACGGGGUUUCAGAGGGAAAUCGAGAGUUGGAUUGGCUUUGUAGACACAAGAUUGCAUUAGGAAUAGCUGCUGGGUUAGAAUAUCUUCACAUGAGCCAUAGUCCAAGAAUCAUUCACAGAGAUUUGAAGCCAGCAAAUGUACUGCUUGAUGAUGAUUUAGAAGCUCGGAUAGCAGAUUUUGGACUAGCAAAACCAAUACCAGAUGCCAAUACACAUAUCACAACCUCAAAUGUAGCUGGAACUGUGGGAUACAUAGCCCCAGAGUAUCAUCAAACUCUGAAAUUCACAGACAAGUGUGACAUAUACAGCUUUGGGGUUUUGCUAGGGGUUUUGGUGAUUGGUAAGCAACCAUCUGAUGAGUUUUUCCAGCACACUAACGAGUUGAGUUUGGUGAAAUGGAUGAGGAAUGUCAUGACAUCAGAGGAUCCAACCAGAGCUAUUGAUCCCAAGCUGUUGGGUAAUGGGUUUGAGGAGCAGAUGCUAUUAGUUCUCAAGAUUGCUUGCUUCUGCACCUUGGAUGACCCAAAACAGAGGCCUAACAGUAGAGAUGUUGGCUGCAUGUUGUCUCAAAUCAAGCAUUAACUCUCUCUCUCUCUCUCUCUCUCUCUUUCUCUUUGUUUUUCCUUUUCUCUUAAUUUGUCUAAAUCAAAUAUCAACUGAAUGUGUAAAAUAUCAUUUAUGCAAAAGAAAUAAUUGUAUGUUAUGUUAUGGUAUGGUCCA